AUGCCGAUUGCCAGUGAUGGUCAAGCCGACUUGGAGAACAGGGAACAGCGCAGGUUCGAAGGCGGGGAUCUGGUGGCUCGUGCUCUCACCCCUCAGACUGCAGAGACAGAUGCCAUCCGGUUUCUGGUCGGGACGCAAUCUCUUAAAUAUGACAACCAGAUCCACAUCAUAGAUUUUGACGACGAAAAUAACAUCAUAAACAAAAAUGUCCUCCUCCACCAAGUGGGUGAGAUCUGGCACAUCAGCGCCAGCCCUGCAGACAAGGGCGUGCUGGCCACCUGCUACAACAAGACCGUGGACAGCAGAGUCCAGACCUGCGCGGCGGUGUGGAGGAUGCCGGAGGAGUCCGAGCCAGGCGGCCACGAGUCCCCAGACGAUGCGUCCAGCACCGCGCACGCCCUGGAGCUGCUCUGCGACCUGGACCGCGGCUCACAUGGCAGCACCGCCUGUGUCGUGUGGGAGCCCACGGGAGACGGGAAGAGAGUCAUUUCCCUUGCUGACAACCACAUCCUGCUGUGGGACCUGCAGGAGAGCUCCAGCCAGGCCGUGCUGGCCAGCUCAGCAUCCCUGGAAGGGAAGGGGCAGCUGAAGUUCACCUCGGGACGGUGGAGCCCACAUCACAACUGCACCCAGGUGGCCACAGCAAAUGACACUGCAGUCCGUGGUUGGGACACACGGAGCAUGAGCCAGAUCUACUGCAUGGAGAACGCCCAUGGGCAGCUGGUGCGGGACCUGGACUUCAACCCCAACAAGCAGUACUACCUUGCAAGCUGUGGGGACGACUGCAAGGUCAAGUUCUGGGAUACCCGCAAUGUCACCGAGCCUGUGAAGACCCUUGAGGAGCACUCCCACUGGGUGUGGAACGUCCGCUACAACCACUCGCAUGACCAGCUGGUCCUCACGGGCAGCAGCGACAGCAGGGUCAUCCUCUCCAACAUGGUGUCCAUCUCCUCCGAGCCCUUUGGCCACCUGGUGGACGAUGAUGACCUGAGUGACCAGGAGGAUCGCCGUCCAGAGGACAAGAGCCAGGAGCCCCCGCAGGAUGGCGUCAUUGCCACGUAUGAGGAACAUGAGGACAGCGUGUACGCUGUGGACUGGUCCUCGGCCGACCCCUGGCUCUUUGCCUCCCUGAGUUACGACGGGCGGCUCGUUAUCAACAGGGUUCCCCGGGCGCUGAAGUACCACAUCCUGCUCUGAGCAUUGGGUUCCAAGGGCGUUUGUUUCCCAGCAGACCCCUCUCCGGGAGGACCAGCGUCAUGCCUCUCGGGACGGAGCUGGGCCCAGCGGCACAGCUGACACAUGAAUUGAAUCCCCUCGCAGGACAGGGAGACCUCAGCCUGCAGACCUCGGGGACCAUCUGGCUGCCCAUGAUCCUGUCUGCCCAGUUGGCCCUCUCUCUCUUCUCUCCUUUAGGAAUGUUGGGGGUUUGUUUCACUAUAAAAAACAAUCUCUGUUUCCGUAAUACUAACUCGCCUUUUUCUUGACAUUAAAAUGAGAUAAAUACACGAUGCUGUCUGUCA